AGUAGUCCUGGGACUGCGCGUUCACAGCCUUGUAAGCUUCUUUUGCGCAUGUGCGGGAACGCGGCGCUGCUGUCAUGGCGGAGCCAAUGGACUGCUUUCUACGGGAACUGGAACUUCACGAUGGAUCUGUGCUGGUUAUACGACAACUAAGCUCCGGGGAUGUGGGCUGUGUGGUAUGGGACGCAGCUAUCGUACUCUCAAAGUUUCUCGAGAGCCGAGAAUUUAUGUGUCCUGAGGGCCACCGGCUGAGCGGAAAGUGUGUGUUAGAGCUGGGUGCCGGCACCGGCAUUGUUGGCAUCAUGGCAGCCACGCAGGGAGCAAAUGUCAUGGUCACUGAUCUUGAAGACCUGCAGGAACUAAUGAAAACAAACAUUGAAAGUAACUCUCACUUUAUCAGAGGUUCUUGCCAAGCGAAGGUACUAAAAUGGGGUGAAGAAGUUAAAGAAUUGGUGCCUAAACCUGAUUACAUCUUAUUGGCUGACUGCAUCUACUAUGAAGAGUCUCUGGAACCACUGCUAAAGACUCUGAGGGACCUUACUGGGAGUGACACGUGUAUCUUGUGUUGUUAUGAACAAAGAACUAUGGGCAAAAACCCUCAAAUAGAGAAGAGGUUUUUUGAGCUAUUAGCAGAGGACUUUAAAUAUGAAGAAGUACCCCUGGAAAAACAUGACAAGGAAUAUCGAAGUGAAGACAUUCAUAUUUUACAAAUCUACAGAAAAACAUAAGAGUUUGACAUUUAAUAUAGACAUGCCUAAACAUUUUUUUAGUCACACAUUUAGAUUUUUCUCCCCAGUCCUUUACAAAUCAGGUUUAUUUAUACCUUGCAUAUGUCAUUAACAAUGUUAUUUUAUAAUUCAUCAUAUGUGAUCUGUAAAUCUAUCUGCAUCUAUCUGCAGUUUUAGUUCUGCUACAGUUAGAAUGCAGAAGACCUGCUUCAAACAAACUGUAUUUGCACAAUGAUUCUAGGAACUGUAUGCAUGCAAUGCCCUGUACAUUCUAUUGCAACAUUGAUUUUGCAUGGAACAGUAUGUAUGAGAUACUUGAAAUAAAGCCUUCAUUCAGA